CCGACGCAGACGCUGAGGAACUCACACGGUUCACGACAGACUUAGAGUUGGCCGUUCGCGACCUGAUUCGAAAGUACCGCGACGUCUUUCCCCCGUAUUUCUCAUACAGCGGGAUUCCCCCGAUGCGCGGUGUUGAGCAUUCUAUGCAGCUCGUGUCUGACUAUCGUGUUCACCAUCAGGCACCAUACCGACUCUUGAUCCCAGAGGCGACGGAACUCGAGCGUCAGCUUGAGGAGCUCCUUCGAUUGGGUUUCAUUAAGCCCAGUAACUCCCCUUGGGGUGCACCUGUCCUCUUUGCUUACAAAGCGGAUGAAACUCUUCGCCUCUGCAUCGACUAUCGCGGCCUUAACCGUUACACGGUUAAGAACAGCUAUCCCAUGCCCCGCGCAGAUGAGCUGUUUGACCGUCUGGCAGGGAACCGCUUCUUCACGAAGAUCGAUCUUCGUAGCGGUUACCACCAGAUCCGCGUUGCCACAGAGGAUCAGCCGAAGAACGUCUUUCGGUCGCGCUUCGGCCACUACGAGUUCACGGUGAUGCCAUUCGGCCUCACCAAUGCCCCCGCCACCUUCCAGACGGCGAUGACCGACAUCUUCAGGGACAUCCUUGAAGAAUACAUUCUCGUAUACCUGGACGACAUCUUGGUCUACAGUCGUACCUUAGAAGACCAUAUCAGACACCUCCGCGAUGUCCUACAGCGCUUACGCAAGCAUGGCUUCUAUGUCAAGCUCAGUAAGUGUCGCUUUGCCCAACGCAAAGUGGACUUUCUAGGCCACCAUGUGUCUAACCAGGGUCUCCACAUGGACGACGAGAAGAUCACUGCUAUUGCAGAUUUCACCACUCAGCCCAUCAAGGGUGAAACGAACCACAUCGCCGAUGCCUUGUCCCGCCGUCUUGAUCACAAUCAGGAACCCAUUCAGCUUGCUGCCAUCUCCAUCACCACUGUUGAUCAGUCGGUGAUCGACGCAUAUCGCACUCAGUACCGCCACUGCCCCGAUUAUCGCGUCAUCCACGCGACACUGCGGAGUGGCAAGACCGUUCCUUCCUACUCCCUCGGGGAGAACGGCCUCAUGUACUCGCAUGACAGAUCUGGUCAGCUAGAACCACGUAUCUGCGUUCCCUCCACCGGACAACUCCGCGUCCAGGCUGUAGCAGAGUUCCAUGACCAGGCAGCUGCCGGUCAUAUGGGUUUCCACAAGACGUUGGCUCGUGUUUGCUGCCUAUACGUCUGGCCGAAGUCCAAGAACUUUGUCAAAGCCUACAUCCAGGAGUGUCCUACCUGCCAGGAGGUGAACAGUGCGAACCACCUUCCGUAUGGGUUACUUCAGCCCCUACCCAUACCUGAGGGUCGUUGGCAGUCCAUCUCGAUGGAUUUCAUUGGUCUCCUUCGCCCACCCACUGAGCGUGGUCAUGAUGCUAUCCUGGUCGUCAUCGAUCGCUUCACGAAGCAUGCACGUUUUGUCCCGUGCUGCUAUCGCAUUAGCACUUGUGAGGUCGCCGAUACAUCGUCUUCGACCGAGUCGUGAGAGAUCACAGCUUACCUCAGAGCAUCAUCUCCGACCGUGACCCGCGCUUUAGCAGCACAUUUUGGCGACGCCUACACGAGGUGUACGGAUCC